AUGGACGAAGUAAUCCAAGCUUUAUAUCAAAAUUUCUUUCAAAGUUUAUUAUGAGAUUCAAAUUCUGAGACGCGUAAAACUUCUUCCAUUUUUACACAAAAAACCGUCCUCGCUUUUGCUCUGAAACUAUCAAUAUCAGAAACAGUUAAUCUAUUAAAUAUGUUGUGCAUAGUGUGUUCACGUCCCUUGCCAAUACCGAUUUACCAAGACGAAAAUAAAUUGUGCAAAUCAUGCGCAUCACAAAUCAAACUAAAAGACAAUCUGAUGAGAGAUCUCUGUACGGAUGCUGAUUUGGAAAGUGCUCAGCGGCAGCUGAUACAAGAUUUAAAUUUGGAGGAUGAUUUAGAGUACGAACAGGAGUUGAACUAUUUGAGGGAAGCGAAAAAGCAUCUGCUUUUAAAUAAAUCGUUAGAGACAAGGAAUCAUACUGCAGAGAGCUUGAACGAAUAUGUCCAUAAUCAAUUCGAGAAGCAGAAAGCAAGGACGGAUACAUUGACCAAACCAUGUGUGCCCGAAUCAGCGAAUUUUGAAAAAAGGGAAGAGCAUGUGGAGAAAUCCUUUUCCAAAUUCAAUUUCAACGACAGACAGUCCAUAACAAACGAACAAAAGCCCCAGCAAGCGUGUGGCUGUGGUCAACUGAUGAAAGAGAAAGCUAAUCGCCGAGUAGCUAUUAACAGAGGGGCGAAAUAUUCAAUCUUAACACUUCAAAGGCCGGAUGAAAUAUCAACUGAAUUGCCGGAUAAACCGUUGUCAAUCGCGUGUAGAGCUAUUUUUCGACCGACCCAUGCACAGGAAGAGCCAGGCCCACAAUUCGAAAAGAUUCGUUCCGUUCCCAGAAGUACAUCCGGCAAGUGCGAAUCGAUACCGCUAGUCGGCAACAAAAAUCCCUUCAUUUGUCCAGUCACAUUCUGCAAAAAUAUCAUUCCCGUCUCCGAUUUGAUCAAACAUUUUAAAUUGAAUCACAUCCGGGUGCCUAUAGUUUCGGCUGUUCCAGACGCUUGUACAAACCUGUUGUGGGAAGUAAAGACAGAUCAAUUCGGAACAGCACAAUGUUUGAUGUUACUCCUGAGUACGGUAAAACACAAGGAAGCCGGAGAUGGACAUGUGAAGGAUUGCUUACCGAUCGCAAUAAUGACGACGAAAGUAAGGCUAUCUGAUUUGGCAGAAGUGGACUGUCACGAAGAGAGUCAUUUUCACCUCAUUUGGCUGACAGCAAUGAGUUCAUCGGUUGAACCUGUCUAUUACACAAUAACAGCUUGGGAUGGUAAUGGGAACGUUCAUAUUGUUAAUACGACACAAUCAUAUUCCAUUCGUUCGGAUCAAAAUCCAAAAAUGGUUUAUCGAAGCGGAAUGGUGAUGAUGUUAACACCCGAACAAAUUAGUAGACUGAGUAACAAGAGUCAAGAUAUGGUUAAAUUACAGAUUGUUGUUCAUUGAAUAAACCGAAAAUAAUUUCGUCAAUUGGA